AUGGGUUUCGACCCAACUACCAUGACUUGGGAAGAGUUCAAGGCGGAGUUCUCAAAUCGGUACUAUAAUCAGGCUUCCCAGCAUCAUCUCCAAUUUGAUUUCAUGCAGUUGAAGCAGACUGAAGAGAUGACUGUAUUACAGUAUGAGGAGCGUUUCAUUGCUUUAUCUCGGUUUGCCCCUGAGUUGGUGGCGACAGAAAAAUUGAAGGUUGAUCAGUUUAUUAAUGGUCUCCUACCUAUUUAUCGAGAUUGGUUGGCGCCUCACGAUUACCCGACUUUUAAAUUAGCUGUGGAGGCUGCUAUGAGAUGUGAGGCCAGAUACCUAGACGGCUCCCGACCUUUGGAGAGUGGCGGUCCCAGUCAGGGGCCAUCCAAGAGAAUUGCCUCUAGUUCGGGUUCUGCAUCGUCAUCAGGUGUGGGGACUUGUUACCAGUGUGGCCAGUGGGGUCACUACAGGAGAGAAUGCCCUCAGUUGACCCAGGGAGUUCUCACUACGUCUAAUCAGAGUGUGGGUCAGACCUCCGUGGGUGCUGCUAGUACUGGUUCUCAUGGCAGUUUGUUAGGCAGGAGCAGCACUCAGCCGGGUCGUGGACAGAGAGGGCGUCCAGUGACCCAGGCCCGUCUUCAUGCUAUGACCCAACAGGAGGCUCGCACUGCACCGAACGUCAUUAUGGGUCUGUUAAUUGUUUUUGGCCAACCAGCUUUCAUUUUGAUUGAUCCUGGAGCCUCUCAGUCCUUUAUGUCUAAGAGUACGGUAUUAUUUCGGAGUCCGGGUAAGCCAGUUGUCACCUUUUAUGGUGAAUGGGAGGUUCUCCCAUCUUGCAUAAUCUCAGCCUUAACUGCUAAGAAGAUGUUGAGUAAGGGUUGCCAAGCUUAUUUGGCACAUGUGGUGAAUUCAGAUGCCGAAGUUGUGGAUCUUAGCCAAAUUCCGAUUGUUGGUAAUUAUCCAGAUGUAUUUCCAGAUGAAUUGCCUGGUUUGCCUCCGGUGCGAGAGAUAGACUUUACCAUUGAUUUACUUCCAGGAACAUCACCCAUCUCUCAAGCACCUUAUAGAAUGGCACCGGCGGAACUGAAGGAGUUGUAUAUACAGUUGCAGGAGUUAAUGGAUAAAGGGUUUAUACGACCUAGUGUAUCUCCCUGGGGUGCACCUGUGUUGGUGUUUCGCCCGUAUCUUGACCGCUUUGUGAUUUUGUUCAUUGAUGACAUAUUGGUUUAUUCUAAGAGUGAGGAGUUACAUGCUGAGCAUUUGAACAUUGUGAUGGAGACUCUGCGGCUACACCAAUUAAUUGCCGCUCCUCUUACCAAGUUAACGAGAAAGGGUGUCAGAUUUGUUUGGUCUGAAAAUUGUGAGCGGAGCUUCCAAGAACUUAAGAGUCGGUUGACUAGUGCUCCAAUCCUAUCAUUGCCUGAUGUUAGUGGGGAGUAUGUAAUUUAUAGUGAUGCCUCUAGACAAGGCUUAGGCUGUGUUUUAAUGCAGCAUGGUAAUGUGAUUGCUUAUGCUUCUAGAUAG